AGAGGCCGAUUGGCGAUCAACAGCACGUCACCGGCUGGAAAAGUUUGUUUAAAAAAAACCUUGCUUUGGAAGCAGCAUGGCGGCUGUCCUUGCCAUAAUAUUUUAGGUCGAAUUAAUAAGGCGGCGACGUUGCAAAAGAAAAUAAGAUUGGGUUUGCAAAAUCCGAAUGAACCUUGGGUUCACGAACACGAGACAUUAUGUCAGGGGUUGCAACAUCUGACCAAUAAGGAGGGGAGGGGGCAAAGGUAAAGAGAAACUGACCCAGCGAUUCAUUUUAACUGGACUGGCUAAAGGGACGCCGCACUUUUGCUGCACUGGGACCAUGACCGAAGUCAGGGAGGAUGAGUUCGGGAUGCUGCCGGACGGGAGGCUGGUCCGCCGUUACACGUUGUGCUCCGACUCGGUGACGCUGAGAGUUCUGACCCUGGGCGGCAUAGUAACCAGUCUGGAGACCAAGGACCGGGACGGGCAAGUGGCAGACAUCGUCCUGGGCUUCGAUAAUCUGCAAGGCUAUAUUAACAAGCAUCCCUACUUUGGCGCAGUGAUUGGCCGUUUUGCCAAUCGAAUUGCGGAAGGGAAAUUCAGUAUUGAUGGGAAGGAAUACCAGCUGCCCAUUAAUAAUGGGCCUAAUAGUAUACAUGGUGGUUUGAAAGGAUUUGACAAGGUGCUUUGGACACCUAAAGUAUUAUCGAAUGGAGUGGAGUUUUCAAUGACGAGCGCUGAUGGUGAAGAAGGAUAUCCUGGAGCGUUGAAUGUCUGGGUGACGUAUAUUCUUGAUGGAGCAGUACUGGCUAUUAAUUACAAGGCCCAGACCACCAAGACCACUCCAAUAAACCUGACCAACCACUCCUAUUUCAAUCUAGCAGGGCAUGGAUUCCCUAACAUCUACGACCAUGAGGUUUCUAUAGAAGCAAAGAGCUACCUGCCAGUCGAUAUGACAUCAAUUCCAACUGGAGACAUUGCCUCAGUGGAGAACACAAGUUUUGACUUGAGGAACCCAGUAUUACUUGGAAACCAUAUUGCAAAUAAGUUAGUCGGAGGCUUUGAUCACAACUUCUGUUUAAACUCCUCAAAGCAACGAUCUCCUUGUGCAAGGGUUUACCAUCAGCCAAGCGGCAGACUACUGCAAGUCGAGACUACACAGCCAGGAGUUCAGUUCUACACUGCCAAUUUUCUGGAUGGGAGCCUGAAGGGCAAAGGAGGGGCCAUAUACCCUAAGCAUUCAGCUUUUUGUCUGGAAACCCAGAGUUGGCCUGAUGCUGUCAACAAGAUGAAUUUCCCAGAUGUAUUGCUGAGACCUGGCGAGGAAUAUGACCACACAACAUGGUUUAAAUUUUCUGUACUUUGAGUGUGGUAAUAUGGGCAGCUAUGUUUUAGUUGUCAUACUUGAAUCAAAACACUUAUUUUUACCUUAGUUAAACUAGAACAAAAAAUAAAAUCACACUACGUGGGGGUUGUUGGUAAGGAAAGAAAACCAAUGCAGAAUGAGGAAAAUUAAAUCAUGUAUUUACCCAUUGUGCCCACAAGAGGGAGUGCAAAAACAGAGUUCAGCAGUACAUAACCAAGAAUAUGGACUAGCAUCUAUCUUAAUUUAGAAUAUUUCCCCCAAACCAGAGAUGCCUUAAAUUACAGAGCUCUUCAGAUUCAGUUUAUUCGGGAAGAGAAUAGAUUAGAGGUCUGAAUGUUUAAUAUUAGCAAAGCACUCGGGCUUGCAUUUGACAUAAUGGCCACAAAAAGACUUGUAUUUAUAUUCAUGACCAUCGGACAUCUCAAUGCUUCACAGCCAAUGAAGUACUUUUGGAGUGUAUCACUGUUGUAAUGUAGGAAAAGCAGCAGUCAACUUGUGUAGAGGAAGGUCCAACAAAACCAGUAGAGAGGUAAUGACCAGAUAAUUUGGUUUAAGGAUAAAUACAGCAAGUCCUCAAAAUUAAAGUUGUGAUUUUCAGGAACACAACUAUAAGUGAAUCACAUUUUCCAAUUAAAACCAAUGUAAAAGCUGUAGUUAGGUUCUGUAGUACCUUGCUUAUCAGAAAAAAACAUUUUACCCUUUAAGUUAAAAUACUUUGCUAAAUUCUUUUAUUGGUAAAUGAAAUAAAAAUAUAAAAGUUAAAUUUGUUUUAUUUUAUUUUAAAAUAGAUUAGCUUUCUACUUUCAGUAGCUCCUGCUCGCCACAUAUCCCACUCUGACCCUCACUGUCACUGCAGACCCUUCCUUGUCAACCCUGACUUGUGGCCUCUCCCGCUCCUGAAUCCUCAUUGUGAGUGAAAGCUCUGAAGAGGCGGGAGGAACAGCUUUGAUUUGCAGGAGGCAAGUUCACUUCAAGUGGGUUUGUGAUAAGUUUCAUGCCCUUUUGAUAAGCAAUCUUCCUUUCUGCCCCACCCUGACUUUAAAGCCACCAAGUCUGGAGCACGGGUGGAGAUGGAGCGAGGCCACUGCCCCACUGGUUUUAUUGUGUUGGUGAGGAGUCAUGUCCCAGUCAGGUGUCCUGAACUUAUUCAAUCCAUUGUUGCAUGAAGUGUCUCAUUGUUGGGAUCUGUUACCAGGAGAUUUCUAGAUACCCUAGAACUAAAAUAGAUGAGGAGGGCAAGUUUGAGUAAUUGGGCUGCUCUUUCAAAGAACUCCCCACAGGCUCAAUAGAAAGGAAGACUUGCAUUUAUAUUGUGCUUAUCAUAACAAAAAGACAUCCCAAAGCACUUUACAGCUAAUCUGUACAAAGCAAGCUCCCACAGCAACAUAAUGAUCAGAAUUUUUUUUUGUGCUGUUGACUGAGGGAUAAAUAUUGGCCAUGAUACUCCUGCUCUUCUUUGAAAUAAUGGCAUGAGAUCUUUUCCAUCCACCUGACAAGGCCUCAGUUGAACAUCUCAUCUAAAAGAGAUGCAGCUUCUCCUCAGUAUUGCACCAGUGUCAACGUAGAUUUUUGUGCUCAAAUCCUGGAGUGGGACUUGAACCCUUUGACUCAAAACAUAGGACUGCUACCAAGCCCCAGCUGACACUAUGGGCUGAAUAGCCACCUUCUCUCUGACUAUGAUUGUUAAAUUAAUUGCAUUAGGUUAACUUGUGUCUAUUUCUUGCAUUGUUGUUCAUACAUACCAGAAAAGGUUCAUUUUCCAGGGUAUUGAACCAGUGACAAAGAAUGAAAAUGUUGAAGCCAGGAUAGCACUGAGUUAGAGAUGACUACAUCUCUUGUGGUGUUGUCAAAGUAACGUUCUGAGAAUGUGCACUCCGCAGCUACUGUCUGUCAAUGGCGUUCAAAGUGACAGUUGAAUUACCAAAGAAACAUUAAAAGAAUUGUGUAAGUAUUUAGGUUGUAGAUUGAUGACUAUGAUUAGUCAAUAACUUCAUUAUCAUUGUAUCAUGCAGCUACCAGUAUGACCAUCAAAAAUUAAAGAUAGAUGGUUUUGUGUUCUCUU